GGACGACUGGGAGAAGGAUUAUCCGUGAUGAAGGAGGUUGCUGGAAGUUCCGAACCCCAGGCAGAGCCCGAGGCCGAGGACCCAGAGAAAGUCUAUGGGAAGUCUAGGGAAGAGGAACCUAGAGACAAAGUUACCACAACUAAGAAGAAGUUUCGGCAUCAAAUCCCGAUCUUAACCAUGCCUGAGAUCGACGACACCCUUAGCAAGUUACUAGGAACCAUGGUGUCGGUGUCGUUCCAGACCAUGCUGCAGGCUAGCCCUAGGUUGCUCAAAGGGCUUAGACAACUAUUGACUCGGCGGCGAGUAGAAAUAGACGACAAUCCCGAAUUACCAGAAGAGGAAAGGGAGGAGGAAGCUCCGCAAGAAGUUGCUAACCUUCAAAGGAGUCACGGGGAUCUGGAGGAUCUCGAGAAGGCCUUUGCGGACAUCCGCUUGAGCUUACCGGACCGAAAAGGUGGCGAGGUCAUGAGGCCACCUCCCAGAACAAAGCUUAGCUUUCAUGCGCUGCCCGUAGGAAAGCUGAAGAUCCAGAUUGGGACUCAUCAUACCGACGCAUUAGUAGAUGGGGGAGCAGAAAUCACUCUCAUAAGAAGAGACUUCCCAACAAUCUCGGGUUGUAUGGUGAAUAAGGAAGUGACAGGGAGCAUCCGGGGAGCCGGUCGAGAAAUCCCGUUCGCUGGGUAUGUCACGAAAUGCGCAGGAUUCAAAAGGGAGGUCUUAGCCAUCUUACAUUGCCUCAAGACCUUCCAGGCCUACCUAUUUGGGAGGCGGUUCGUCUUAAGGAUCGAUCCGACGAAUGUCGCAGGGGCCUUAAAGAACUAUAGGCCUAUAGAUCCGACGGUGGGGAGAUGGGUAGGAUUUAUUUGGCAGUUCGAUUACAAGAUCGAACGAAUUGCUGGAAUCAGAAACAAGGCAGAUGGGCUGAGUCAGUUUUGCAUCACUCCCGAAGGGGUGGAGGAUGCGGGGCCCAUAAACGCGUUCCUUGAAUUCGAAGGAGGAACUCUUGCGGUGGACAACGAAAUGAUGGGCAAACGAUGCGCGUCGGGAGAACUGUUGAUCCGAACUUUGGAGAAGGGGGCACUUGCCGUAGUAGCAGAACUUAGAGAAGCACCAGUCACCACUCGAGGUCGCAAAAAUGAGAAAGAUUCGUGGGGAGUGAUAGUAGGACCGAAGGAGGAACUAAUAGCAAUGGGGAUUGAGGGAGGCCGGGACACCAUGAUGAGCUUAGUGGAAUCUUGGAAAAGGAAAGAGUUGCGAUGGACGGUAAACCAGAUGCAGGAAAGAAAGGAUGAGGACCAGGAAGGGAGGAGGGUUUUCAAUGCCCAGAUAUACGAAGGGAUCUUUCGGGAGAUUGGGCUGUUGUUGGUAGGGAAUAAACAGCCCAUGGAAGUCCGCAUUAAAGCAAGGGAGGAGGCCGAGAGGUACGUCCUAAUGGGUGGCCAUCUGUUCAAGAGGGAGGAAGGUGCUAUGCCUAGAAGAGUGGUGUGCGGAAGAUCUAGGCAGCUAGACGUUAUCCAAGCAAUGCACGACGGGUUAGUAGGAGGACACCGAUCAUCCAAAGGGACUCUUGCAAAGAUAACGUCACUCUAUUAUUGGCCAGGCAUGGCAGGCAUGGUCGCCACAUACUGCCACACCUGCCUAAUCUGCCAGGAACAGAGCUCGACACGUGUCUUCGAGCCACUUAGACCAACGCGGGCGUUAGGACCGAGAUAUCUGGUCCACAUCAAUCUGGCGGCCAUGCCUGUAUCAACGGAUGGGUACAGGUAUAUCCUGGAUGCACGGGACAACUUGAGUGGGUUUGUGGAGGCAGUCGCUCUCAAGAAAAAGACCGGGAGAAGUGUAGCAGACCGGAUAGAAGACUUCUACUUAAGGCAUCCCUUCAUCAAAAGGUUUGUAGCAGACAAUGGGACAGAGUUUGAGAACCAAGAAGUAUUGGGAAUGCUUAAGAGGCUCUGUGUACCGAUCAAACUCACCGAGCCGUAUCAUCCGGAGGUCAAUGCACCUGUGGAAAGAGGGUACCGAACCUUAAAGAACACGAUUGCGAAGCUCGCAGCAGACCAUCUGGGGAGUUGGCCUAGAGGAAAGAAGAAAGUUAAAAGUGGAGAGGAUGAUGAUGAUGAUGAUGAUGAUGAAGGCUAUGGGAGCCAUGGCCGGGAGUGGAGCGGAAUAGCGUAUGUGGGGUGCCGGUAUGUCGAUGUGCGUGGUAGCGUUUGGUGGUGGUAUAUCGGCGGCAUCCCAUUUGAGAGGGCGAGGAUGGCAGAGUACAGGGCCCUCUCACAACAUAUGCAGAACAUGCUGAGGGGCAUGAAGCCUGCUUUGCCCCAGUUCAUGCGCAUAGCAGGCACUGGCAUACAGGAGCAGCGUUUGCACAUAGCUGAUAAGCUACGUGACAUACGCGGUCAGAUGGAGCACACGGGGGCUACCAUUCUCACGAAUGGGAGGAAGUCCCUCAACUCUGAGCCCAUCGUGAACUUCCUGGCAGCUGGACAGUCGGACGCCAUCCUUUACACGACGGUUCGAAGGGAAGGGGUUGACGCAGAGACGGCAUAUGUGGUGUUGCGGCGGUGGAAGGUGUUCGAGGACUUCGGCGUGAAGAAGAUCAACGUCAUCUGCACGGACUCCGCAUCAGUUUAUGUCGCCGCCGGUCGCGUACUUCGCAACGACCCCGAUCCAGAUAUCCGUCGGAUCCCUUGGCUCCCUUGUUUUGUCCAUUGCUGCAACUUGAUGUUGUCCGACAUGGGCCAUCGAGUUGCUGACGAGGGCGAGGGCGGUUGUGCGCUUCAUCAGGUCGCACGGCUCGACUCUCACCUUGUUCAGGAUUUACAGUGCCAGGGCCGAUCACAAUGCACGGGCCGUGCGUGUGGGUGGCAGCUCCGCCAGCGGAGAGGGGGCACGCGGCAGAGGACGACGGGGCCGGAAGUUGUUGUACCCUUGCCAAACGCAAUUCGCAUCUAUGUAUAUCAUGAUGGGGUGCUUGCGCGACCACAAUGUUCCACUAGAGACAGUGAUCUUGGAGGGGGACUGAGCACGACUUCCAUGGGAGAGGAGGCUCCUUGUACAGGUUGGUUGGGUGCGCACGCAGGUGCGAUAUGGGUUGUUUUGGGAGGAGAUGGAUGAUCUCAUCGACGUCUUCACCCCAGUUGUGCAGUUGUUGCGGCAGUUGGACCAGGGGGGGUUGGUGAUCUCGUGCGUCUUCCAGUGG